AUGCCUCGAGCAACCGUGCCAAAUGUUCAGGCAAGUCCCAAACCAUGCUCUGGAAAUACGAUUAGCAAGGGCGAAUUGAGAUUAGGUACAUUGCUAGACUACAACGGGAAUAAAAGUUUUAAAUGGCGUCACUGGGGUUGCACGACUGCACGCAUCCUCUCUAACUUCAAGAAUCAGUUUGACAACGCCGAUGAGCUUGAUGGCUUUGACGAAUUGAAAGACGAAGACAAGGAUCGUGUACGCAAGGCUUGGGCAGAUGGACAUGUUGCCGACGAAGAUAUCCCUGCGACCGCACGCAAAGAAGAGGACGAGGCGGGCGACAGCGGCUCAAAGAAGAAAACGAAUAAACGCAAAAAGGAUGCCGAUAACGCUGAGGAACAGGAAGAGGACAAGCCGAAAAAGAAAAGGGCACCGGCAAAAGCCAAGGAUAAUGACGCAACUACCGAGUCAAAAGGCAAGCGUGCGCCUGCUAAGAAGGCGACCGCGAAAGAGGAAGCAGAGGAAGAAACAGAAGAGAAACCCAAGAAACGCGCUCCUGCGAAAAAAGCUUCUGCAUCUGAGACAGCUACCAAAGAAAAGCCUUCCAAGAAGUCUAGCGCGAAAAAGAAGGGUACCAAGCCCCAGACUGACGGGGAGGAUUCUGCUGAAGAAAUCCCUUUGCCCGAAGAAGAUGAGAUCUCCGCUACCGAUGAGGAACCCGAACCUGAGGUGUCCAAGCCUGCUAGAGGCAAGAAGGCCACUGCAUCUAAGUCCAAGAAAGGCGAGAAAACCGAUGACGAAGAACUCAAGCCCAAGUCCGCCACCAACAAGGGCAAAGGGAAAGCUGAUUCUAAAGCAAAGGCUGACUCAAAGUCCAAGACCGCCACGAAAGGACGGGGCAAGGGCAAGAAGACUCAAAUCACGGACAACGAGUCUGGGGAGGAGAUUCAGUUACCUGAUGACGAAGAGUUGAGUGGUACAGAUGAGGAGGCAAAGGUAGAGGCGAAGAAACCCACUUCGAAAGCCAAAGAACCUACUUCCAAAAGGCGUGAAGUGCCCGCCGAGCAAGCCAAUUCCGCCGAGGACGAAAGCACGAACGCGAAACCUAAACCUACCUCGAGCAAGGCGAAGCCUACAUCCACCAAGAAGAGCGGUAAAGGCAAAACGGAACCGGUUGAUGAAUUAGCUGAACCGGAGGUUGUUCCAGCUUCCAAAGCCAAAAAGGCAAAGGAAGUUGCCAAAGCCGCAGCGGCUGAGGCUGGAAACUCCGGAGCCGACAAGGAAGAGGCGACGGAAGCGGAGAAUGACCCGGCGGCCCCUGCAAUAGGCGAUGCAGCCGAGUCUACGGUGAAAAAAGCUCCGGCUUCCAAGGCUCGGGGAAAGAAGACUGCCGGUCUUGAGUCUUCCGAGGAGAAGAUGGAUGUUGACGAAGAAGAGGAAACGCCAGCAACCUCCAAACGCAAGCCCUCGAGCCGUGCCAAACCUGCUAGUCGCAGUAAAACCGCCAAAUCAACGAAGAGCGCAUCCAAUGUGGGGCGCCCUACUGCCAUCGGCGAGGACCAUGAGGAUGAUGAAUAG